AUGGUCAACGAAAAAGAUGUUUGCGCUGUAUGCAAGAACACGAGAAGAAGAUCAUACAGCUUGGCUUGUCAGUCAAACAGGAAAUUUACCGAGGACCUUACGAAAGCUAAUAAAACAACUCAUUCAUCGAAAUUGAAUUCAACAGCGAUCUCAGAACCUUCCAAAAUAACCUCUCAUCUUGUAACACCGCACGAUGAAAAACAAUUGAAUAUGAUGCAUGAACAAUCAGAAGAUCUUUCACAAAUUUGUACCAAAACAAUUUCUUCAUGUGACAACAAGAAUACAGAAUAA